AUGUCAGCCAAGGAGGAGGUUGGGGAGAGUCUUGCACUUGUUGUAUAUAAUGGGAGUGCAUCUACAAUCAAUGAAUCUGGGCUUCAACUUUAUCUAGUUUCUGAGUAUGACUCUGGUGAAGGUUUACCAUAUGCUCCUAUGGAUUGGCCAAAUGUUGGUGAUAAGUGGGGCUGGAGGACAGGGAAAAGAGCUACAAAUUCAGGCACCUUCAAAGAUAGAUAUUUGUAUCUUCCGGAGCGUUUUCAGGCACCAAAAGAUGGAAAGAGAAAUGCCUUUCGAAGUAAGACUUCAACUUCAGUUAAAAAGUAUCUCCAAUAUGAGUAUCCUGGUAUGGAUAUCAAUCAAUUCUUUGCCUCAUUCAGUUGGAUGAUUCCUUCAAAGCAGAUGGCGGACUUACAUGAUAUUGAUUUUGACUCAGAUAUGAAAGAGAGGACUACAUCUGCAGGGACAAAAAUGCAGCCUUUACUGUCUGAUUCUCCUUUCGGAGCCAUUACUUGUAAGGCUGGUAACCGAAUCUGUAGCAGUUUAGCAGCAGAAAACCCUUUUACGAAGACCAGAUUUUGUGAUCUCUGUUGCAGUGAGCCUGGUUUUUGUGGAGACUGUUGCUGUAUACUUUGCAGUAAGCUUAUCAGUUUGGACUAUGAUGGGUACAAUUACAUUCGAUGUGAAGCAACAGUAGUUGCUGGCCACAUAUGUGGACAUGUUUCCCAUCUAGAGUGUGCUCUACGAGCUUACAUGGCUGGGACAGUCGGAGGAAGCAUCAAUUUGGAUGCAGAGUAUCUCUGUCGAUACUGUGAUUCAAGGACGGAUUUGGUUCCACAUGCUUUGAAGCUUUUAAACAUUUGCACAUCCAUUGCUUCUUAUGCUGACAUUGAAAAGAUUUUGAAUGUUGGCAUUUGUAUUUUGCGUGGCUCGCAAAAAAGUAGUGCAAAAGAGUUGUAA